CUAACACUAAAUGGUGACAAUGGUGUUCGAUGGUCGUUUAUGAAUUGUUUUUAUUUACUGAUGAUACACUUGUAAAAAUGUUAUUGUAUGUAUAGGUGUGUAGUUUAUUAAAUGAACUGUUUACAAUGGAACCAAAAAUUUAUACGAAAACUAUAGACAAAAUUAAAAUGAAGCGUCGAAGAAGCAGUGUUGGUAUUGAUAUUAAAUCACCUAAAAGAGAAAGUAUUUCUGCAGUUAUUAUGGAUAAUGGAGCAUAUAAUAUUAAAGUUGGAAUGUCGAAGGAUGAAAGACCGACUGUUGUACCUAAUUGUAUAAUGAAAGCGAAGUCUGAAAGAAAAAGACUCUUUGUAGGUAACCAAAUAAAUGAAUGCAGGGAUUGUUCUGGGCUUUAUUUUCUGAUGCCCUGUGAAAGAGGGUAUAUAACCAAAUGGGAUGUACAAAAACCAGUUUGGGAUUAUAUUCUAAGUAAAAGUGUGUGCCCAGUGGAUGAUAAGCCUGUGAUAAUGACACAACCAUUGUUCAAUUUUAAAUCUAUUCAAGACUGUAUGGACGAAAUAUUCUUUGAAGAAUACGAAGUACCUUCUAUGUUUCGCUUAAAUCCAACAGAUUUAGCUGUGCUCAAAUAUAUUGAGGAAAAAAACUUACCAGAAAAUACAGCUUGUGUUAUUGUAGACACUGGUUUUAGCUUUACUCAUGUUAUCCCCUAUGUUAAGGGAAAUAAGUAUUUAAAGGGUAUUAGGAGAUUGAAUGUUGGAGGAAAACUGUUGACAAAUCAUUAAAAGAUCUUAUAUCUUAUAGACAGUAUAACGUGAUGGAAGAAACUUAUGUCAUCAAUCAAGUUAAAGAAGAUACAUGCUAUGUAGCAGAAAAUGUAGUAAAAGAGCUUCAUCUUGCGGCUAACAAGAAAGACAACUCUAUAGUGAAAAACUAUGUUCUGCCUGACUUUAACAAUAUUAGAAGAGGUUAUAUCCAAGAUCCUAAUGAUACAAAUCAAAAGGAAAAGGAGGAAAAUUGCCAAAUAUUGAGGCUAAACAAUGAACGCUUUGUAGUGCCUGAAAUAUUAUUCCAUCCAUCUGAUAUUGGUAUGAAAAGUAUGGGCAUUGCUGAGGCUGUAGUGAAGUCUAUUUUGUGUUGCCCAAAGGACCAGCAAGAAUAUUUGGCUAAAAAUAUAGUUCUUGUAGGAGGAAACUGUAAUUUUUCAGGUUUCAGAGAAAGAAUGUAUGCAGAAUUAAGGUCUCAGCUGCCUCAAGAAUGGGAUGUGUGUGUCUAUCUUCCGGAUGAUCCAAUUUCAUAUAGUUGGAAAGGGGGCAGCGCUUUAUUAAAAGUGCCAAAUUUUAAAUCAUUUUUAGUCUCUAGAUCUGAAUAUGAAGAGCUUGGUUCAACCAUCAUCCAACAGAGGUUCAACAGCUGGAUGGUAGACAAUUCUGAGAAAGAGGAGGAGGAAAAAAAUACAGAAGAAAACUUUAGUUACCUUGAUAAAAUUAAAGGAAAAUCAAUUUUUGGCAAGCAAGAUGCCACUGCUAAUGAUUUACAACCAGAUACUACUGCUAGUACCUCAGUGUUUGAAAAAAAUGACUCUCUGGCCAAUGCUGAUAACAAAACUGAUAAUCCCGAAGUUUCAGAACAAUCUCAAGAUGUUUCUCAAACUGCUGAAAGUGAAACUACUACUCCACAAGUUGGUAGACCAAGAAAAACAGUAUUGAAAAGUCAUAGUAGUUUGAAUGAGUCUUCAGAACAAUCUGAAGAUGAAGAAAACUUGAUGGAUUCGGUUGAAUUGUUUCCAUUUGGAACAGACUCUUAUUUAUAAAAAAAUUGUGAAACUUUUAUAUUAAAAACUAACAAAAUAUAGAUAUAUUUUUCUUUGAUUUAAAAGAAAAUCCUUAUUACUAGUAAAAAAGCUUUACUUGGUUCACUUGAUCUCAGUUCCAACUGUCUAGUAAAUUUAGUAAUUAUUUUUUGUUACAUUGGUUAAAUUUUGGCCUACUCGAGGUGACUGUUGAUUGCUAUACCCAUAUAGACUGAGCAGUCUGUAGAACUAAGUGAUGUAGUGAUGACACCAUUUUUUUUUUAACAAAAUAAAACUGCAUCAACUCCAACACAAGUUUAUUUUUGAAAUUCUAUAGUUUAUAGAUUAGUAAUAUUUUAUUAUAUUAUUUAAAAUUAUUGUUCUUUUUUUUUUAAUAAAAGAAAUCUGAAAUAAUAAGUUAUUUGAGCUACUAAUACUGAGG